AUGAAAUCAUCACAAUUCUUCAUCGUUUUAUUCUUAUUAUUUGUUACAAAUUCGGUAAUAUCAGAAAAACUCAAGGAAAUAUUUCUCAGUGAACCAGAAUUAUGUAUGUAUACUGAAUGUCAUGGUCAAUCGGAAGGUGUCACACCAUGUCAAAAAGGUUUUUCUAGUUGUGGAACAUAUGAAUGUUUUAUUACAGGAUUAGAUCCAGGAAGAAAAACGAAAUGUUGUACAAAAUCAUGUUUAGAAAUUUAA